CUCCAUCUGCAGAUGUUCUGAAUACUUCUGGGUGUAGAAAUUGAUUAUUCAGCCAGGAUACCUAAUUCAAGCCCCAACUUUUAAAACUCGAGUGAUUGAGUCAUUGGUGUCCGUUUUGAGACAUGAAGUAUUCUUGCUGUGUACUGGUGUUGGCUGUCCUGGGCACAGAAAUGCUGGGGAUCCUGUGUUCGACUGUUCGGUCCCCAAGAUUCAGAGGAAGAAUACAACAGGAGAGAAAAAACAUCAGACCCAACAUUAUUCUUGUGCUUACUGAUGACCAAGACGUGGAGCUGGGGUCCCUGCAAGUCAUGAACAAAACGAGGAAGAUUAUGGAACAUGGGGGCACCACCUUUACCAAUGCCUUUGUGACCACACCCAUGUGCUGCCCGUCCAGGUCAUCCAUGCUCACCGGAAAGUAUGUGCAUAACCACAACGUCUACACCAACAAUGAGAACUGCUCUUCACCCUCAUGGCAGGCAAUACACGAACCUCGGACCUUUGCCGUCUAUCUUAACAACACUGGCUAUAGAACAGCCUUUUUUGGAAAAUACCUCAAUGAAUAUAAUGGCAGCUACAUCCCUCCUGGGUGGCGAGAAUGGCUUGGAUUAAUCAAGAAUUCUCGUUUCUAUAAUUACACUGUUUGUCGCAAUGGUAUCAAAGAAAAGCAUGGAUUUGAUUAUGCAAAGGACUACUUCACUGACUUAAUCACUAACGAGAGCAUUAAUUACUUCAAAAUGUCUAAGAGAAUGUAUCCCCAUAGGCCCGUAAUGAUGGUGAUCAGCCACGCUGCGCCCCAUGGCCCCGAGGACUCAGCUCCACAGUUUUCAAAACUGUACCCCAAUGCUUCCCAACACAUAACUCCAAGUUAUAACUAUGCACCCAACAUGGAUAAACACUGGAUUAUGCAGUACACAGGACCAAUGCUGCCCAUCCACAUGGAAUUUACAAAUGUUCUACAGCGUAAAAGGCUCCAGACUCUGAUGUCAGUGGAUGAUUCUGUGGAACGGCUCUAUAACAUGCUGGUGGAGACUGGGGAGCUGGACAACACUUAUAUCAUCUACACCGCCGACCAUGGCUACCAUAUUGGGCAGUUUGGACUGGUCAAAGGGAAGUCCAUGCCAUAUGACUUUGACAUCCGUGUGCCCUUCUUUAUUCGUGGUCCAAGUGUAGAACCAGGAGCCAUCGUCUCACAGAUUGUUCUUAACAUCGACCUGGCCCCUACGAUCCUGGAUAUUGCAGGGCUUGAUACACCUCCCGACGUGGAUGGCAAGUCUGUCCUCAAACUUCUGGACCUGGAAAAGCCAGGUAACAGGUUUCGAACAAACAAGAAGGCCAAAAUUUGGCGCGAUACAUUCCUAGUGGAAAGAGGCAAAUUUCUACGCAAGAAGGAAGAGUCUAACAAGAAUAUCCAACAAUCAAAUCAUUUGCCCAAAUAUGAGAGGGUCAAGGAACUGUGCCAGCAGGCCAGGUACCAGACAGCCUGCGAGCAGCCCGGACAGAAGUGGCAGUGCAUUGAGGACACAUCUGGCAAGCUUCGCAUCCACAAGUGCAAAGGACCCAGUGACCUGCUCCCAGUCCGCCAGAGCACGCGCACCAUCUACUCCCGAGGCUUCCAGGGCAAAGAGAGAGAGGAGUGCAGUUGUCGCGAGAAUGGCUAUCGCCCCAGCCGCAGCCAGAGGAAGAGUCAAAGGCAGUUCCUGAGAAGCCAGGCCUCUCCCAAGUAUAAGCCCAGAUUUGUCCAUACCCGGCAGACUCGUUCCCUGUCUGUGGAAUUUGAAGGCGAAAUCUAUGACAUAAAUCUGGAAGAAGAAGAAUUGCAAGUGCUGCAGCCAAGGAGCCUUGCCAAACGCCAUGAUGAAGGCCAAAGUGGGCUGGGCAGCCGCCAGGCUGCCAGCGGUGGCAAUGAGGGCGAGAUGCUGGCAGACAGCAGCAAUGCAGUGGGCCCACCCACCACUGUCCACGUGACACACAAGUGCUUUAUUCUCCCAAAUGAUACAAUCCAUUGUGAGAGAGAACUGUAUCAAUCAGCCAGAGCCUGGAAAGACCACAAGGCAUACAUUGACAAAGAGAUCGAAGCUCUGCAGGAUAAGAUCAAGAAUCUGAGAGAGGUUAGAGGACACCUGAAGAGAAGAAAGCCCGAGGAGUGCAGCUGUGCCAAGCAGAGCUAUUACAAUAAAGAGAAAGGUGUCAAACGGCAAGAGAAAUUAAAGACCCAUCUUCACCCAUUCAAGGAGGCUGCUCAAGAAGUGGAUAGCAAACUGCAACUUUUCAAGGAGACGCGCAGGAGGAAGAAAGAGAGGAAGGAGAAGAGGCGCCAGAGGAAAGGGGAAGAAUGCAGCCUGCCUGGCCUCACCUGCUUCACGCAUGACAACAACCACUGGCAGACGGCCCCCUUCUGGAACUUGGGAUCCUUCUGUGCCUGCACAAGUUCUAACAAUAACACUUACUGGUGUUUACGUACAGUAAAUGAGACACAUAAUUUUCUUUUCUGCGAGUUUGCUACUGGCUUUUUGGAAUAUUUUGAUAUGAACACAGAUCCUUACCAGCUCACCAAUACAGUGCACACAGUAGAACGUGGCAUUUUGAAUCAGCUACACAUACAGUUGAUGGAACUCAGAAGCUGCCAAGGGUAUAAGCAGUGUAACCCACGACCUAAAGGCCUUGAAGUUGAGGACAGCUCUGGGAUGGAUGGGAAGGUUAGCCUGCCUAACCUCCCUGCAGACACCAACUGGCAAGGUUUGGAGGAGUUAUACAGCGUGAAUGAAAGCAUCUAUGAGGACAGACACAACUAUAGCCUUAGUCUGCUGGACUGGACUAAUUACUUGAAGGAUGUAGAUAGAGUAUUUGCACUGCUGAGCAGUCACUCUGAGCAAAAUGAAACAAGCCAGACUCAACCUGCUCAAAGUGAUGAGUUCUUGGUUGACUCUGCUGAGCUCUCAGUGCCAGGGGAGAUGGCUUCGGCAGAGUCCGAUGAAGACCCAAGUCUUAUGGUUGGGGAAGUACCUCAUUUGACCUUGCCAGCUGACCUUCAGCCUCUGUAUUUGAACCAACCCACAUUAAGUCCAGAUAGUAAACUUGAAUGGAAUAAUGACAUUCCAGAAGUGAAUCAUUGGAAUUCUGAACACUGGAGAAAUGGUCAAACUGAAAAGUGGAUGGAACAGGAAGAGGUCAUCCAUCCUGAAAGUGCUUUCAGCCGCCAUGGCAUGACAGAGCUUGCGCUUCCGCCCCACCCCGGGCUGCAGCCCAUUCACAGGCAUCAGGUAGCACUUCCCCAGGAUGAUGGGCCAGGAGAAGAUGUUUUUGAAGAUCAACUGUAUCUUCCUGUGCAUUCUGAUGGAAACCUUCAUCAGACGCUCAACACAUCCAGCAUACAGCAGCCUGUUCUUUCCAGCAGUGUGGAGAGGAAGCUGGCCAAGGUGAAGAAUUACACAAAGGAUAUUGAACAGUAUUUAAAAGGCAGUGCCUCCUCGCCUCUCUCCUCUGUUCCCUGACCCCAAUCACAGUAUUUUUUUGGUCAACUUUUUACUAGUAAAUUAAUAACAGCAAUCCUAUCUACCAACAUUCCAAGCCACCCUGGGUGUAUCUGUGUGGUUGAAAUCAUGUGAGCAAGUGAUAUUCCCACUGGGACUCAUUGUGGCAAUCCAGUAUUUGCCCGGAGUAAAAAGAAAGGUUGGAGGGGGAUAUCAUUUUGUCUCUUUUGUGUUGUUUCUUGGUACUAAAACAGUAUUAUCAUUUGACUAUCAUAGGGCCAUGCAUAUAUAAAGGUUAUCCAAUCAAAAUGGCUAGAAUUGUGCCUUCUAAGUCCCUAAAACUUGACUCUCUCUUUCUCCCCCUGGUGAAUCUGUCAAUUCUCAUUAACUGCCUGCACAAUGGAGUUCUGAUUCAUUUUUUUACCACUGGAACUUUUUCCAUGUCAUCAUUUUUGCUUCGAUGAUUGUUGCACUUUGAGAUUGGAAUGCCAUGUCUGUUUGGGGGUAGUGGUACUAUUGUAUUUUUCAGGCCUAUCAGCCACACUGUUGCCUCUCGGUAUGAGAAAGUCAAACAAGCCCCAAGGAAGACACACAGUAUGGAUCACAUAUUGUUUAACGUAUGCUUUUGCCAGGAUACUAUUGCAUGUGUUUUACCUCGACUUGCUAAACUUGAUUAGCAGAAAGGCAUGGCUAAUAAUGUUGGCAGUAAAAAUAAAUAAGUAAGCAGGACAAAAAUUGCCUGAUCUCUCUGUGCUAGUUGUUCACCUUAUGCUUAAAAAUGGCUAAUUUUUGGUUGUUUCCUUAACAGAAAGAGGAAAAAAACAACAACAA